AUGUCCGAAGCCCUCUCUCCAGAGGUUUCGCACUGCAGUCCAUCUCUGUCCGCAUGCAUCCUGUGUCCCGUGAGCUCAUCAUCCUCUGACAGCCCCUUGGCCCCCGCUCCCAACUCCACGGGACACUCAGCCAAUAUCACAUCCUGCCAGGAACGCUCUCAUACAUUCCUCCUCUGUGUCUGGGUCAAUGCCACCCAAGGGUUCCUCAAGCGGCCUGGGACACCUGAACUAGCAGUGGGAGAGGCAGAGGAAGAACGUAGUGCUACAGCUGGAGACUAUUCCACAACGGCCGCUCUGUUUGGUCCCCCCCCACCAACACCAAACUAA